UUUGGCUGUUCACGCAGUGUUGUGUGACCGACACAUCUUGCAGGGAUUUCCUCCUUUCACAUUAAAACGAGGUGGAAAAGAAAGGGGCUUAGCAGCAAAAAGUCGAGACAUAUUAUGCAUAUCGGUGAUGCUUCUUUCUUCGAGUGUGUCCCAGCCUUAUUUCCGGGUUAUGUCACACGAGCUCUCCGCCCACGCCGUGCGUCCCAUCACCACAUCCAAGUGAACAUCUUAAACCUUUUCAUUAUGGCUCUCGUUAACAGCCCUCCAUUCAGGAAAGGCAGCCGUGUGUUCAGCUAACCAGGAGGUGUCUGUCAGGCUGUCGGGGGGUGGGCUGUCAGCCAGAAGUUAAACACAGUCAUGUUUGAACACAGAAACACAGGAUAAGAGGAAACAAAUCCUUUCAGCUGUGAUAUUUUAGCUCCUUUUCUGCAAGUGGGCUGUAAUGAACGUGUUCCUAUCCAGGCUGUGUCGAGGCGACGGACAUAUCUUUGAGGUCAUUGUGCAAAUUGCGACGCGACCUUCUACAGUGUGCGAAUUGAGCUUUAUUUGCAUUGUCUGAAGGAUAUCUGUGUAUAUUUGGCUGUCUGUGCACUGAGAAAUCCCAUCGAUCAAUUCUGGCUGCAGAUUUAAUAAGCACUGUAGCCUAAGCGAGGUGCAGAAUGAACUGCAGCUCAUCUGUUGUUGUUUUUUAGAUAAGCCAUAUCACGAACCCGUGUUUUGGUAAACAGGCUCACGUUUGUACCACAUUGCAUUAGAGGCGGACUGUUUCUGAAUGGGAGUGAUAACACCAGUCUGACCCUAAUGUUGUGUCAUAGCCAUGACCAGAUCUAAGAAAAAUGCUGAUAUGUGGGUGACGCCUCAGAGGCAGAAAAAUACAGUGGAAGACAAAUGUCAGAAUUGUUUUGCACCCCAAAUGCAGGCCUUUGUGGCUGACUGUCAGCAUGACCCCCCACCCCUCCGCUGAUGGUACAGUCUUGGUUCAUUCAUAAAAUUCUGGCGGAGUAUAAAAGGAGGGGCUUGCAUUCUAGUCAUCCAGUUACCAGGUAUAUACCUGGAGGAAGACCCGAGCACUUCAUAGAAACGCAAGGCGAGGGGCAUAUUUGUCAUUGGUCUAGACUUGUUUUCUGUGAUGUAUCUGAGCAACUUGAAGCCUGACAUGGAUUCGGCCUCUGCUAGCAGCCGGACAGAGUCUCCAGCCGGGACACAUUGCCAGAAGACGCAAGAAGAGGCGAGCUCUCCUGCUUCCUCCUCAGAGAGCAAUGCAAAGGAGCUCUGCCAAGACAUGGAUGUACAAGCCACUCCAUUUGUUCCAACAGUCACCGCAAUUUCCUCUACCCCAGAUUUUCAGUGGAUGGUCCAGCCUACGAUUAUUACAUCUGUCUCCCCGUCUCUGGGUAGCAAGCAAGCCAAUGAACCGCAGAGCUCUCACCAGGCAACACCCAAAGCGGGCGGGAAUAAAGGGAAAAAUGCUGUCAGGAGGGGGAAAACAGAGCAGCUCUCUCCAGAGGAGGAAGAGAAGAAGAGGAUAAGGAGAGAGAGGAAUAAAAUGGCUGCUGCAAAGUGUCGCAACAGACGGAGGGAGCUUACUGAUACACUGCAAGCUGAGACUGACAAGCUGGAGGAGGAAAAAGCAGCCCUGCAGACAGAAAUAGCCAACCUCCUUAAAGAGAAAGAGAGGCUUGAAUUCAUCCUUGCCACACAUAAACCAGUGUGCCAGAUGUCAGAGGAGCUGGAGUCUAUCUUCCAGGAGCCCACCGGGUCCCCAGAGCUUCCACUCAGUCCAGAUGAGGGCAGGCUGCCAGAGGACGGCACCCAGGAAGCCCCUUCACUCCAGGACAUGGACAUCCCCAGCGAUCCGUCCACAGCCAUCUCGGGGAACUCAAACAUCUUGCUGUGUGCCAGCGCUGAACUCAACAUCUGCGACCUUGAGCCCUCUUUGGACAUUAAGGAGGGGCUACUGGACAGUAUGUUGCCCACUUUAGAGGAGAAAGCCCCGAUGGAGACGGCCCGUUCGGUCCCAGACAUAGAUCUGAGCAGUUCUCUUGGGGUUUCGGACUGGGAGACUUUGUAUAAGUCUGUUUCCAGUGACCUGGAGCCCCUCAGCACCCCCGUGGUGACCUCCACCCCCACCUGCAGCAGCUACCUGUCUGUUUUCACAUUCGCGUGUCCUGAGCUGGACUCUCUCACAGAGGGACUUGACAGUCAUAAAAGUGGAGGCAACAAGGCUGAAUCAGUUGACAUCCUAAAUUCUCCCACUCUCCUAGCCUUAUAAUGUACAGAGGGAAGUUGUUGGUCCGAUCUCUGUGAUGUUUUGUUGCAGGUUCUUGACUUUGAAAUGAUAUGAACAGAGUAUGCCACAGUAUGCUGUAACACUUCAAGGAGUACAUUCAUGAAAUGUCUUGUGUGUGACAAAGCAACAGUGUAAACUUUCUCAAGAUACAUAGCCUACAGAAUGAUGUAGCUAAUAAAAGCAUGGCUUUUAAUUUCACAGAAGGGAUUGAACUAAGUUCUGAUUUUAAAUCGCAUGCUGAGAAAUUCCAAAUAAUUUUCAGAGCUCAUAUAUUUGAUCUUUUAAUAGAUCUAAGAUGUAUUGUGGAAUAUAAUGUUACAGUAUGGUUUUGUGUUUUAAUGUUAAUAGUGUAUUUAUUGCUGUGAAUGUUGUAUUUAGGUAUUCAUCCAUGUUAAGUACUUGCAUACCUCAACAUUAUCAACUGUGGUUUGACCUCAUUGUUAAAAUGUUUAGAGUUUUCCAUGAAAACAUCCAGUGCUAUAUCUAUCAAGAUGUAAUUUAUGAUUUAUUUUUUUACCUUUCAGAUUUUGACUUAUUUGUUAAAUUUAAAACCGAGUAAAUGAGCAUUGAUUGCUUAUUUAUGCUGCUGAAAAAUCACAAUAAAUCGUCAUUCAGAGUGA